AUGGCGCGCUUCAGAGCCAGCAAUAUUCUGGGCGACCCCUUUGCGCUCGCAAGCACGUCCAUCUCCAUUUUGGCUUGGUUGAUCGCAUUUAUCUCCUCCAUUGUCACUGGCGUACAUGGCGGAUAUCCCACCUAUUCAUGGUGGGCUGUUGCUUACUCAUUUUGCUGCAUUGUCGGCAUGGCGCUUGUCUUCGGCACCGAUACUGGUGCCGUCUAUAACAUAGCGAUCGUGGGGUAUCUUUCCGCUGGUCUUGUUAUCACAACAAUCUCCAUCAACACGUUAGUCUAUGCAAACAGCGCCGCAUCGCAGGCUGCCGGUGCUGGGUUCAUUCUUUUGGCUAUGGUUAUUAUCAUUUGGAUUUUCUACUUCGGAUCUAGCCCUCAGGCUUCGCAUCGCGGCUUCAUCGAUUCAUUUGCCCUCCAGAAGGAAGGUGCUGGCUCGUACGGAAAUGGCAGACCUAUGUCAACUGCAUUCGGCAAUCGACCCGAGACGACAUCCAGCCAGCCCCCGCAGAUGUACACGUCCGCUCAACUCAACGGCUUCGAGACCUCUUCGCCCGUGUCGGGUUAUCCCGGAGGAGCCCCCGGCUCCGAACACCGCAGCUCCUCGCAGCCCCGCUUCGGCAACCCGUCCGCUACGAAUCUGCCCAACAAUGGCGCACCAGAUGAAGUCCCCCAGCCCACGGAAUAUCCGUACCGUGCGAAGGCGAUCUAUUCGUAUGAGGCCAACCCUGAAGAUGCCAAUGAGAUCAGUUUCACCAAGCAUGAGAUCUUGGAGGUGUCCGAUGUGAGCGGUAGAUGGUGGCAGGCCAGGAAGGCCACCGGAGAGACAGGUAUUGCUCCAUCCAACUACCUGAUCUUGCUGUGA